UGUGGAGUCUUGACAUGCACAGAGACACGAAUCUGUCCUUGCGUUUUGCUGACCGCCCCCUGUGGGAUUACUGGGUCGCAGAAUCUGAGGACAGCAUUCCUCGGUCCCUGGUGAGAAUUCCUGAUGGACGGCAGUGUGACAUCUGUGCCCCAUCCCUCGAGAGACGUAUCAAGAUGGAGCAGUCCUGGCAGUUGUGGCAGGAAUUCCUGGAUAACUAUUCCCGGUUCAAUGACUGGAUGCACUGGGCUGAAGCCCUGGCCAAGGAGCCCCUCUCUUCCCAGGUUCUGUAUUCCGAGGCUAAGGAGGAGCUGAAGCGGUUUGAGUGUCUUCGGAAACGGACGGAAGAGCACAUGAUCCAGUUGGAGUCGAUAAAUAUACGUUACAGGCGGCUGGCCAGGGAACAGGGCAUCAGAUUGGCCAGCAAGCUGAAAGGAACGGUGCAUGAUGGGAACCAGAGGUGGGAUAACCUCCAGAGAAGAGUUGGCAUCAUCUGCAAAAGGCUAAAGUAUUUUGUAACCCAGAGGGAAGAGCUUGAGGCCGAGAGGGAGAACCUGUGGCUGCAGCUAAUGCAGUUGGACAUCCGGUGCUCCGAGCUGGAAUAUUUCUCCCAGGAAGAGGCAGCGGAAAAGCUCGAUUCACUGCAGCAAAAAACUGGCAGCAUCACCGAGGGAAUCAAUGCCCUGCUGAGGGUGGCAAGAACCCUGCUGCAGAAAUGUGAGCCCCAAGACGGGGUGACAAUCGAAGCCGAGGUUCAGGAUCUCCUCCGGUUCCAGCAGGAAGUGUUUGGACAAGUGGAUCGGCUCCAUAGGAGAUGCCACAACAUUGGCCGGACAUCUGACAGACUGGAAUCCCUCAGUGGAGGGGGCCUUGGGUCUGAGAGCUGCUGUGACAGGAUCCUGGAGGUCGGACAAUGCUGGCAGCAAUUGUUGCAGCAUCUACUGUCUGAGGGGGUUCCCAUCGACCAGCCCCCUGGCCAUUCGAACCCGAGCAGCGUGGACUCUUUACCCCUGGAGUGGGACUCGUCUGUAGACAUUGGAGACUUGAGCACACUAGAGGGCAGUGUUUCCCUUUGUAGCUCAGAGCUCGACCAACCCGGUGGCCCAGAUGCCUUUGCCAGUCCAUGGGGCUGUAGGAGAAGCCGGCAGAUCCACGGCAGACAGAUAUAUGACUCCAGCACGACACAACUGAUUGAUGUGGGCUGUCAGUGUGACUCUGAAGUUAACGUGGUAUCAGGUGACCAUGGUCCUCUGUUUGACACCCAGUUGCAAGUCAGAGACAGACUCUCCUGGGAUGUUGCUGAUGCUGUUGGAAAGCCACUCGCAGGGAAGCUGAGGAAGAGCAACGGACUCUGGAUGUGGGAACAUUUGGACCAGGAAGCAACGAGAGCCUGGGCAGGACAAGGCCAUUCAGACUGGCUCCAAGGUCAGAAUGUGGGCCCCAGGACAAGGGCCAGAUAUGUGAAGCAGUGGCUGCAAAGGCUGGAGUCCAAACAGAAGCUUAGCAAGAGAGGAACCACCACACUGGAAGUAGCUGCAGGAGUUGGCAGGCUGCUGCACCUUCCGUCCCCUCAUUCCAUGGAGAGAAGAUUGCCUUGCAGUGCCCCUGUCGUUGUGGCCAUCAUUCUGUCACUGGUACUUGUGCUGAUGGCUGCUGUCCUUCUCAUUUUUCCCAUUGUGAUCCAGGAGUGUAACUGGCACCGGAGAAAUACCUUUCUACCGUUUCAUUUCACACUGUCCUACCUUAACGGCCCACCACCGACGUAACCACUGCAGAACCUGGGAGCUCCUGCUGCUUCUUACCCAGAGCCUAAUGGUGGCAUUGACUGAAGAACUCACUCUUAAUGUGAACGUUGUGACUGAGCUGACCAACUAUCCAGCUGCUAGAUUCCCAACACGACCCAACCUUUUGAAUGACUGUCUAGCACAGAGACAGAAUGGAAACAGCUUGCAACUGAAUGGAUUGGGGGCCAAGAUAUAGGGAUCGAGACUGGCAAGGUGGGAAUGUGGAAUGUUAUGUUUUGUUCCUUGCAUCGUAGAGAUUGGCUGAACUGCUAGCCGUUUCCACCAUUUCAUAGCUUGUUCCUGUAUUUGUAUCUAUUUUCUCUCUCCUUCUGUGCAUCAAUGCAAAAGUGGCACCUGUGGAGUGACAAUUUCCUCUUUAAAACCCCUCACCCCGUCCCGUCCCUCCAGAACAACACAGACAUGCCCAGAGAGUGACAAACCUCAUGACCCAGUGAACAGCCCGAGAGUGACUCCCUCCACAGUAACAAGUCCCAAAUGUUGUUCAGAGUGAUGCCCAUCCAUCAAUGAUGUGAAUCCAUCUUUAUGGAAUAACACCCAACUGAAGGGGUCCAUGGUGUCUUGACUGAAGACCUCUUUGUCUUUUUUUUUUUACAGAGGUGGUGCUCUCCAUUCUCCAUCAGCUGGUCCAUGGGGUCUAUUUAAUAUUCUUGCCCCGUGUUACUGUUGGGGAAGUGAUCCUUGAAGGGGUGAGGAGGCUGCUGCUAAUCAAAGCUCAAUGUCUCCCAUUCAAACUGAAGGGAGCUCAUCAGCUAGGCAGAAUGGAGGAGAGGGAGAGGUGAACUUGAAAAACUGUACAACUUACAGAUGGGGCAAGGAAAUGAAGUGACAGGAAGGUUGAUUGUAUAACGAUAAGGAUAAGUUAAUAAAAGAUUUGUGCGUGGGUGUGA